UCUUUCUUGACACGAAAAUAUUACUUCAACAACCCAGAGGAUGGAUUUUUCAAAAAAACUAAAAGGAAGGUAGUGCCUCCUUCUCCUAUGACUGGACCCAGGGCUCUGCGGAGCAGAGUCGGAAAAGCAUCCCAGUCCCAGCUCCCACCCAGUGCCUGGAUCCUGUUGCUGACAGAUGGCCACCCGGCUUCUGCCUGAAUGAGGAGGAGCUCUUACCACUCCCCCAGCCCAGCCAUUUCUUUGUCAGACAUGAUUGCUUGGCCCACCCUACAGUUUUUGCUCUCACAGAUUUCUUCCACUCAUCCCAGUCAUGUGAAAAAAUAUAGCACUUUUAAAGUAAAACAGAAUAAUUUAUUAUUCUGUAUUGGCUGUUCUCGCAUUUUAAUACCCAUUUCUCUAGAUCCCACUAUGCUCACAGACAUGAUGAAAGGCAAUGUAACAAAUGUUCUCCCUAUGAUUCUUAUUGGUGGAUGGAUCAACAUGACAUUCUCAGGCUUUGUCACAACCAAAGUCCCAUUUCCACUGACCCUCCGUUUUAAACCUAUGCUACAGCAAGGAAUUGAACUACUCACAUUAGAUGCAUCCUGGGUGAGUUCUGCAUCUUGGUACUUCCUCAAUGUCUUUGGGCUUCGGAGCAUUUACUCUCUGAUUCUGGGCCAAGAUAAUGCCGCUGACCAGUCACGGAUGAUGCAGGAGCAGAUGACUGGAGCAGCCAUGGCCAUGCCUGCAGACACCAACAAAGCUUUCAAGACAGAGUGGGAAGCUUUGGAGCUGACGGAUCACCAGUGGGCACUAGAUGAUGUCGAAGAGGAGCUCAUGGCCAAAGACCUCCACUUCGAAGGCAUGUUCAAAAAGGAAUUACAGACCUCUAUUUUUUGAAGACCAAGCAGGGAUUUGCUGUAUCAGGAACUCAGAGUAGUGCUUGACUUUGUAACUUUGGUUUGAGCUGGAGCCUCUCGGAAUAAAAAGGAAGAUGCAUGAGCUGGCAGGUGUGCAGCAAGAAUUGUUCUUGUCUGAGCCGGGUUCCCCUGUAUGUCUGAAACUAGAGAUUUGAGGAGUCUGUGCUGGAUGACUUGCCCAGAAACAGCUGUUUUUAAAAUGUUUUACAUUUUCCUUCUGAUGACUCUAGUAAUGAAAGUCAAAGGGGGAAUACUCAAGCUAGUAAUAAUAUAUAAAACUUAGCGAAACUUCAGUCUUUGGAAAAAGCAUUGUCAAUUAUACCUAGUUAUUAAGUGCAAUCAGCCUGACUUCUGACCACAGUGAGCGCUUGUUUUCUUGGGAUCCAAACACCCUGUGUUUUACCUUUAAUUUUUUGUUAGUAUUUGUACAACUUUCUUUACACAAAUAAUACAUUUUCAUUACUGAAAAUUUAGGAGCUAUGGAUGAGCAAAGUGAAAGCUUCCUGUGUUGUUCCAUUUUGAGCCUACAGAGUGACAUAGACAGCAAACAUGUCAAAACCUGAUUCAAAUAAGCUCUUUGCAGAUUGAAUACCCAGGGCUAGGACAGACUUAGCCAGCCUUCUAUCUCUUUAACACUGUCCGGUGAAAAUCGGCGACACUGAGACACUGCCGGAUUCUCAAGUGCCUUUGGGAUCAUCAAAGAUAGGUUACAUAAUAUGAGGUCUUGAGCUGGAGUUCAGAACAUAUCAAAUCCGUUGACAGAUCCACAGUGCUGUACCGAAUAUGGCUACUCAGUUGAACAAAAGACCUCAUUUCCCAGUUAUUCUGGGUAAGAGUUUGCAUAUCGCUGUAAGAAGGGAGAAAGGGCAAUUGCUGGCAGACAUGUAGUUAAGGGCGACCUAGGAAUCAUUCUGUCUGGAUUAACUGUCCCAGGGAAGUGGCAGGGUGCCAUUUCUGUACCAAGAGGCGAAUGUAAUUUGCAUGUUGAACACUGUAAUCAAGAACCAACAACUCUUGACUCUACCAAUUAAACCAUCCUCUUUUCUCUGCCUGUGAAA